AUGCUCUAAGGGCUCGGCGUUCCGCAGCGGCUGAGGCGACUGGGAUUUCGUUUGGGCGGCCGCAUGGUCCCGGACUUGUGUGACUUGGUCCUUCUUGGCUGCCUGUUCUCAAAACCGUGCAGAUAGUUUGUAGAGGAUGCCCCACGAGGAAAUCUCCAACACAGCUCAACCUCAGGAGCAAGACUGUCUACCAAGUCAGCAUGUCAGUGCUAACGAAGGCUUGUCAGCUGGGCAGGAGAAUGGUGGGGUAUCGGAGGCUAGAGAGUGCCUCUCCUCUGCUUCCUGUGAGUACCGGCCAUCCACAUCCGAAGCCACAAGGCGAGGGCCAACCUUGCUACACAUUGAUCGGCAUCAGAUCCCCGCAGUGGAGCCGGGAGCGCAGGCCCUGGAACUGCAGGGCCUGGGUGUGGAUGUCUACGACCAGGCCGUCCUGGAGCAAGGAGUGCUUCAGCAGGUGGACAGCGCAAUGCAUGAGGCCAGCCGUGUGGCCCAGAUUGCUGAUGCGGAGAAGGAGUAUCAGGCAGUCCUGGAUGACCUCAUGUCAUGUACAACAUCCCUAAGACAAAUCAAUAAAAUUAUAGAGCAACUUAGCCCUCAAGCUGCCACCAACAGAGAUAUCAACAGGAAGCUGGACUCUGUGAAACGACAGAAGUAUAACAAGGAACAACAGCUAAAGAAGAUAACUGCAAAGCAGAAACGUCUCCAGGCCAUCCUUGGAGGGGCCGGGGUCCAAGUGGAACUGGAUCAUGCCAGCCUGGAGGAAGAAGAUGAAGAGCCAGGGCCGUCAUGUCUUGGCAGUAUGCUCAUGCCUGCCCAGGAGACCGCCUGGGAAGAGCUUAUCCGCACUGGCCAGAUGACACCAUUUGGUACCCCAACCCCCCAGAAACAGGAGAAAAAGCCGAGAAAAAUAAUGCUCAAUGAAGUAUCAGGCUUUGAAAAAUAUUUGGCAGACCAAGCACAACUGUCGUUUGAAAGGAAGAAACAAGCUGCUAACAAAAGAGCAGCUAAAAAAGCCGUGGCCAAAUCGGAGUCAAGCCCAGGACCAAGUGAAAGUAAGCCAAAACCAAGAGGCCAGGUCCUCUCUCAGGCAGAUAAGCGCUUGAAGAAGCACAUCAGGAAGCUCCAGAAGAGGGCGCUGCAGUUCCAGGGGAAAGUGGGAUUGCCAAGGGGGAAGAAACCUCGGGAGCCUGAGGUGAGGCCAGAGGCAGAGGGAGACACUGAGGGUGAGGAGUCUGGGUCCUUUUCCACCGAAGGGGAGGAGGAGGAAGAGCAACAGGAGGAGGAAGAAGGGGUAGCCAGCCUGUCUUCCGAUGACAUCAGCUAUGAAUUGAAGCCUCUUCGGAAGGGCCGGAAAUACCAGAAGAAAGUCCCAGUGCAGGAGGUUGAUGAUGACUUUUUCCCAAGUUCUGGGGAGGAAGAUGAAGCUAUGGAAGGAAGAGGAGGAGGUCGCAAGGUAGCAAGGUGUCGAGACGACGGAGAUGAGGAUUCUUAUAAGCAGCGGUUAAGGAGGUGGAAUAAACUGAGGCUGCAGGACAAAGAGAAACGCCUGAGGCUUGAAGAUGAUUCUGAGGAAAGUGAUGCCGAGUUUGAUGAAGGUUUCAAAGUGCCGGGUUUUCUGUUCAGAAAGCUCUUUAAGUAUCAGCAGACAGGUGUUAGGUGGCUGUGGGAAUUGCACUGCCAGCAGGCAGGAGGAAUUCUGGGAGACGAAAUGGGAUUGGGCAAGACCAUCCAGAUAAUUGCCUUCUUGGCAGGUCUGAGCUACAGCAAGAUCAGGACUCGCGGUUCAAAUUACAGGUUCGAGGGACUGGGGCCUACUAUAAUUGUCUGCCCAACAACAGUGAUGCAUCAGUGGGUGAAAGAAUUCCACACAUGGUGGCCUCCAUUCAGAGUGGCGAUUCUGCAUGAAACAGGUUCCUAUGGCCACAAAAAGGAGAGGCUGAUCCGAGAUAUUGUCCAUUGUCAUGGAGUCUUGAUAACGUCUUAUUCCUACAUUCGGCUGAUGCAAGAUGACAUUAGCAGACAUGACUGGCACUAUGUGCUCUUAGAUGAGGGACACAAAAUUCGAAAUCCAAAUGCUGCUAUCACCCUUGCUUGCAAACAGUUCCGCACACCUCAUCGGAUCAUCUUGUCUGGAUCACCGAUGCAGAAUAACCUCCGAGAGCUGUGGUCACUCUUCGACUUCAUCUUCCCAGGAAAGCUAGGCACAUUGCCUGUGUUUAUGGAGCAGUUCUCUGUCCCCAUCACUAUGGGAGGAUAUUCCAAUGCUUCCCCAGUGCAGGUUAAAACAGCCUAUAAGUGUGCAUGUGUCUUAAGAGACACCAUUAACCCAUACCUACUGCGGAGAAUGAAAUCAGAUGUCAAGAUGAGCCUGUCUUUGCCAGAUAAAAAUGAACAGGUCUUAUUUUGCCGUCUAACUGAUGAACAGUAUAAGAUCUACCAGAAUUUCAUUGACUCCAAAGAAGUUUAUGGGAUUCUCAAUGGAGAGAAUCAGAUUUUCUCUGGACUUGUAGCUCUGAGGAAGAUCUGCAACCACCCAGAUCUCUUUUCUGGCGGUCCCAAGAAUCUCAGUGGUCUUCCAGAAGAUGCUCUAGAAGAAGAUCAGUUUGGUUACUGGAAACGCUCAGGGAAGAUGAUUGUUGUUGAGUCUUUGCUGAAAAUAUGGCAUAAGCAGGGUCAGCGGGUGCUGCUCUUUUCCCAGUCAAGGCAGAUGCUGCACAUCCUGGAAGUGUUCCUGAGAGCCCGCAAGUAUUCCUACCUCAAAAUGGAUGGGACCACUACCAUCGCGUCCAGACAGCCGCUCAUUACAAGAUACAAUGAGGACACAUCCAUCUUUGUCUUUCUCCUGACCACACGGGUGGGCGGCAUAGGCGUGAACCUGACUGGGGCCAACAGAGUCAUCAUCUACGACCCUGACUGGAACCCAAGCACCGACACACAGGCCCGGGAACGAGCAUGGAGGAUAGGUCAGAAGAAGCAGGUCACUGUCUACAGGCUUCUGACAGCUGGCACCAUUGAGGAAAAGAUCUACCACCGACAAAUCUUCAAGCAAUUUUUGACCAACAGAGUGCUAAAAGACCCAAAACAGAGGCGCUUUUUCAAAUCCAAUGACCUUUAUGAGCUGUUCACUCUGAGUAGCCCCGAGCCCUCCCAGAGCACUGAGACAAGCGCUGUUUUUGCAGGAACUGGCUCCAAUAUUCAGACACCCAAAUGCCAUUUACAAAAAAAGACUCCACCAUCCCUAGGAACAGAUCCCAAGAAAUUCCCUGUUUCUGACACAUCUGCAAAUGGCGCCACCCUGACUGAAGAAAAAUGUAAGGCAGUGGGGGCUGCAGGAAGUGAAACUUCUGGAGAAAGUGGCCCUUUGAAAGGCGACCAUCAUACGAGUGGGAACAGAACCAGUAGGACUGUGCUUGGAGAAGAGACGGAUGCAGGGUCCAGGCUGGAGGAGCGCUCCCUGAUGAGUGCAGAUGGGAAGUGUUCAGACUCUCCAGCCGUCGAGCACACUUCCGGGCCAUCUGGUGAGGCGACCACUGGUGGGGAGCAGGGCUCUCCCUGUAAAGGAGGGUGCUGCCAGGCUCAGACAGAGCCCGUCUGCGUGAGUCAGCAGACAGAAGGGCGUUUCUUUAAGCACAAAUCAAAAAGGAAACAUGAUGUAGCAGAGGGAGAGACUUCACAGACACCUCUGCAGCCCCAGCAAAAGGCCAAGACCUCCAAGCACUGCAGAGACGCCAAGUUUGAGGGAACUCGAGUCCCGCACCUGGUGAAGAAGAGGAGGUACCGCCAGCAAAACACUGAGCAGGAGAGCGAGGCCAAGGAACGGAGCAGUGAUGAUUAUGUUUUGGAAAAGCUUUUCAAAAAAUCAGUGGGAGUGCACAGUGUCGUGAAGCAUGAUGCCAUCAUAGAUGGGACCAGUCCGGAUCAUGUGCUGGUGGAGGCAGAAGCCAGCCGAGUGGCUCAGGAUGCCUUGAAAGCGCUGAGGCUCUCUCGUCAGCAAUGCCGGGGGGCAGCAUCUGGCAUUCCCACCUGGACCGGACACAGGGGUGUUUCUGGUGCACCCGCAGGAAUAAAGAACAGGUUUGGUCAGAAAAGGAACUCCAACCUCACUGUGCAGCGCCCUUCGUCGUUAACAGAAAAGAGUCAGAAUGAGAAAAAGGAGGGGAAAGCUCAGGCCCCUGAGCACUUCAGUGGCAAAGAAGAUGGAGCGUCUUUGUCUGGAGCCCCCAGUUCCUCCUCACUCUUGGCCAGAAUGCGAGCAAGAAACCACCUGAUUCUGCCAGAGCGCUUGGAGAGUGACAGCGGGCACCUUGCUGAGGCUGCUGCCCUGCCCUCCUCCAGCACAGAACACGACGACCUUCUGGUAGACAUGAGGAACUUCAUUGCUUUCCAGGCCCAGGUGGAUGGCCAGGCCAGCACUCAGGAGAUCCUACAGGAGUUUGAAUCCAAGCUGUCCGUGGCACAGUCCUGUGUCUUCCGAGAACUAUUGAGAAAUCUGUGCAAUUUCCACAGAACUCCUGGUGGUGAAGGGAUUUGGAAACUGAAGCCAGAAUACUGCUAAAUAGCAGCACUUCCUAGACUUUUUCAAAUGGAAAUCUUGGCUCACCAGUCCUGUGAUUAGUGAUCGUGUGUGUGUGUGUGUGUGUGUGUGUGUGUGUGUGUGUGUGUGUGCGCGCGCGCGCACCUAAGGUACCUAAGGUCAUGGCUCCAUUUAGUGUCUACUGUGUCGUCUACCUCAAGACUAAAACUUGAAGAAGAAAAUACUUGGAGGUUUUAGUUUUGUUUCGUCUUGUUUGUUUUCUUUUGGUGGCACUGUGGAUUAUACUAUAAAACUAGGGACCUAACAUUUAUUUAAUGAAGCAAAUAUAUUUCUUUUUUUUUUUUUUUUUUUCUUUUUUGGGUUUUUUUUUUUUUUUUGAGACAGGGUUUCUGUGUGUCACUUUAUAGACCAGGCUGGGCUCGAACUCACAGAGAUCCUCCUUUUUCUGCCUCUCCCCAAGUGUAAAGGUGUGCACUAUAACGCCCAGCUUGCAAAUAUAUUUCUUAACUCAAAAGAUGCUGUCAGGGAGCAUAUUCUAUUAAGAAUAGAUACGGUUCUUCUCACUGGUGCUGGGAACAAGCCUUUUGUUUAUCCCGCCCACCCCAUCCCAUAAAGUCACUUCAUCAGUACCUGAUAACCUCAGUGUCUUAAUGCAGAGCCUGUAAAUGUUUCUGGCCUCAUGCAGAAAGACUUACUAGCCGUCAAAUCAUUAAUUAUCUGUCAAUAACUAUCUAUAGUACUUUCAAAUCAGUGGGUUUGGGUGUUGUUUAUUUUAAAUGGUGCUGGAGGAUAGACUCUGGUGCCUUGCUCAUGCUAAGCCUGCGCUGUACCACCAAGUUCAUACAUGUGCGCCGAGAAGGAAGAGUGUUUACUGCCCCGUGUCAUCAUUAUCUAGAGACUAUAAAAGAGGUUUGUUUAACUAGGGCAAUACAUUCUAAAGUUUAGUACUUGGCUCAGAAGGAAGUCGCAACACCUGUCUCCUUCUGGGAGGUUCUUUGCUUAUUCUUCUAGCCUGUAAGGAAAUGCUGCUGUCCUCUCGGGCUGCUGUGCUGAGCUGACGUGUGCAUCGGUGCUUUAUGCCUGCAGUGUCUGAGGUCUGAGUUGUGUAGGGCUAGAGCCGCUGUAGACAUCUCUCAGGUGUCGAAGGUUGCCCACCGUGCCGUAAGGUGAGGGGUCCAUGUCCCACCUCUGCCGCUGACCUGCCCAGCCUGGGGGGGUUGAGUCUCAGGUCUGGAAACAUGAUCAUCCAGCAACCGGGAGAAACCUAGGGACCAGUGCUCCAAGUUAGAAGAAUAUAUAGGACCUCUAUAUGCUGAACUGCAGUCUGACUUUUUGAACAUUAAAUGCUCUGUGCGGUGUAAAUAGAUUUAAUGUGUUAAACAUGUUAUAUAAUUACAAUUAAAAGAUUUUUAAAAUACCAGCGUUUUACUAGAUUGUCCCUGUUAAAAGCUUUCAAGCACUCUCUGCCUUUCCACCCCAACCCGGUUGUGCUGCUGUUCCAGAUCCUGUGCGGUUGCCCAGGCAUUUACAUGGCCGCCGGUGUGGGCUGCUCCUUCCAGUCUUGAGUUUUACCUGGACUCAUGACUGCUCAGCUGAUAAUUGCUUCUCAGCCUCCCUAGCAGGUAAUUGUGGCCACAUGACAGUUCUAGGCAGUAAGAUGAAAAUUUUCCAGUUUGGAGCUCAGACAAAGAGCCGUGCACUGCCCUGAGAGCCCCUUCUUUUGCUGGCUAGGAUGUCUGUGAGAGCCUCACGGGUCUCCUGGUGUUUCAAGAGGGUGUGUGUGCAGGUCAGGUACGGCUGUCUUUUUGACCUGUUACCUAAGAGUGGAAUCAAUGAAUUUUUGUUUAACAUUGUAGUAGAGACUGUUUUAAUACAUAUUGAUUUGAUGCAUGUCAUAAUACAAUAAAAUUUUCCUGUUACAUCUA